UUUUCAGACACCGUGGACAACAUCUUCCCAGCAUUCCAUCUGCGCGGCCUUUUCCUCCAUUUUUGUGUCAGAUUACGGUUGAUUUAGCCUGGUCAAAGCAUCAUCAUGCCUGGACGGCUGUGGAGUAAGGCCAUCUUCGCUGGUUACAAGCGUGGUCUGAGGAACCAGCGUGAGCAUACUGCUCUGCUCAAGGUAGAGGGAGUCUACAACCGGGACGAGGUUGACUUUUACCUGGGAAAACGUUGUGCCUACGUCUACAAAGCAAAAAAGAACACUGCAACACCCGGUGGUAAGCCUAACAAGACACGUGUCAUCUGGGGUAAAGUCACAAGGGCCCAUGGAAACAGUGGAAUGGUUCGCGCCAAGUUCAGGAGUAACCUUCCCGCAAAGGCUAUUGGGCACAGAAUCCGUGUGAUGCUGUACCCAUCUCGUGUGUAAUGUGCUUUUCUGUACAGACAAUAAAAAAUUGGUCCAAAAA